AUGGAUUGCUUCAGAAUAGAGUUGUUUUGGCUGAUAUGCUAUAUUUCUUCUCCGGCUACAGCAUACCUACACCAGAUUGUUGGAGUACGUGGACAGCUGAUGUGCGGCAAGUUACCCUUGCCAGACACUACAGUGCGGAUAGUGGAUAAAAAUUUUAUAGGUGCAGACACACCACUCGCAGAGACUAAAACUGGCAGUGAUGGUCGGUUUGAACUUGAAGGUGGAACUUCAGCGUUCUUGACCAUGAACGUGCAUUUGAAAAUAUAUCAUGACUGCAACGACAAAUUGCCAUGCCAAAGAAGAGUGGAUUUGCAAGUGCCCUCCUCUUAUGUCUACAGAGGAUCAGGGGUUCUGCGAUGGUUCGAUGCUGGCACCCUUAAUAUGUCCUUUCCGUAUCCAUACGAAGAGAGGUCAUGUAAGAAGUGA